GUCAUUUAUUAUAGAUUUGAUUUUUAGUAUUGAUUUAAGUUACUAAAAUAUUAUGUAUUAAUUAAAGUACUAAAGUAUAUUAUUUAAUAAUUAAUGUUUAUAGUAUUGGUUUAGUAUAUUCUGUGAUACUGUGAAGUAACGUUACUCUGCUACGGAUGUUUUACCCAGAAUCCAGAAGAACCUUUGCGACAUAACAGACAAGUCAAUGUUUCAGAUAUUUUCGACGUUUUCUUUCGUGUGAAACCACUUUUCUUCUACAAAAAGCGUUUGACUAUUGUUCAGAUAAUAAAUUAGGUUUUUUACAAGUAUGUAAUUUACCAAAAAUAAAAAUUCUUCAGUUAAUUUAAUUGAACACAACAACUGGUCAUUUUCACGAUAGAUACUACUAUUGAGUCGUGCAAUUUUCAUCCCAACUUUUUUAUUAUUCGUCCAUAUUCAUUAAACAGGUGUAUCAACAUCAAAAAUUGUUCUAAAAAAAUUAAAUAAAAAGUUUGAAUUAAUUAGUUAACUUUCAUUUAAACUCAGUAUUUAUUUAAUUUUUACUAGUUCAAGAAUAAUUGAGAAACUAUGAUUUUCAAUUUAAAUCAAUAUUAAACCAAACAAAUCAAAGAAACUGUAUUUUAAGUUAAUUUCUAUUUUAUCAUUUAAGUAAUCAUUGAAAAUUGUUAUUGUGUUAUAUAACUGUAAAAAUCACAGAACUCAAAAGUCAAGUUAUGCAAGUCACAAAAGCAAGAAACAUUACUGGAAAUGCGUUUCAAUAGUUCUAAGUUAGAACUCUUAACACAGUUUCAUCUGUUGUCCCCGCGCACAUCUGAGAUGCGACAAUUAUGUAACAGAAAAUUAAUCUUAAAAGAUUCUAUAAUAGGAAUAAUUUUAAUUUAAGACCUAAAGAAAUAAUUGAUAUAAAAAGGAUAUGCUGAUUUUAGAAUUAACUUAGUGUUUAAAAAAAUAGACAUGCCUUACUUGACUUUUAGGCUCAGUGUUAAAGAAAUAUUUUUUCUUUCAUCUGUCAGCUAUACUUAAUUAAUGAUUUGAUUAGUGUACCUAUUAUUGUAUAAUAUAUAUUAUUAUCAUAUUAAAGCAUUUGUUUAAUUAUAUUUUAACGAUUAAUGGGUUAUUCAAUUUUAAAAAUAAUAAUAUUAAGAUAUUUAUAUAUAAAAGAUAAUAUAACUAAUAUAAUUGUACAGUCCCUAUAUAUUUUUGAUUAAUUUCGAUUGAUUAAAAUAAAUAUGAUACAAUUAUUAUUAAAAACUUAUGAAUACAAAUCUAACUUAUAGACUGUAGGUAGUCUAUAAAUCAAUCAAAUAGCCAUAUUAGUCUUCAAUAAUUUUUAAAUAUUCUAUUAUUCUUAUUAUUAUUAUUAUUAUUAUAAAUUAUUCAAUAACUUAUUGCAAACUAAUAGAUUUUAUGAAAAAAAAAAAAUUAUCAAUUUGUUUAUGAUUAUUUCAUUUCUGACUUGGUGAUAGUUUUUUUUUCUGCAAAAUAUCUGUACCUUUCUCAAAAGAAAUAAUUUGUAAAUUUUUUUAAAUGAAAUAGUAAAAAAUUCUGGAAAAUUAGAGCUCUAAUUAUUUUUAGUAAAAUUACAUAAGUAAGUGGUUUUCAACAACUGGCUUCACCGCUCCCAGGGGUGUUGUAGAUAAUUAUCAAGGGAGCUGUGUCUACAGUAAAUAUAGUAGAGUAAUGCAAUGAAUAAAUAAAUAAAUGUGUCACAUUCAUUUAUUUAUUUUAUAUUUAUUUUGAUUAUUGACCAUUUAAUAAUUUUGUUUUUACUUUAUUAUUGUAUCAUUUAAUAACGUGAAUUUAUUUAUUUUAAUAUUUUUAUUACUAUCAUUAAUUGUUAGGGAACCGCUAAUUUAGAUUCCAAAAUCAGAAGCACCGUGGACUGAAAAAGGUUGAAAACCGCUGACAUAAAUAAUAUAAUACUUUCAUUAAUUUUUCCCUUAUUAAUAAUUAUCAUUAUUAAAAGCACACCAGUGAUUUGGACUGGAUAAGUUUUAACAAUUUAAUAAUGUUCUACAACAGCCACCUUUUUUUACAGGGGGCCAUUAAGAAUAAUAAUAGUUCUUGAAAGAAUAAUUCCAAAAAUGUAAACUUUUACUUUUAAGUUAAUAGCAAAUAUUAUAUUUUAUUGUAGGUAAACCUUAAUAUGGGUUCAUUGAUAUAUUUAAUUAUUUAUUAUGUAUUGGUUGUUAUAAAUGAAAAAUAAUGUAAAGUAUAAAUAUAUCUUGUUUUAAUAUAAGUGUUAAUUUUUAAAAUUUGAAGUUAUUUUAUUUUUAGAUUUUGAGUGAAGUAAACAAACUUCUAGUUUUAUAAAAAUGUUUAUUUGUUUCGUUUUUUUUUUUUAUCUGUGAACAACUUUACUACCAGAAGACUUACUCAGAUUUUUAAAUGUAGGACCUUUCCUGAAAGGAAAUCCGUGUGGGUAGGUACUUUAAAGAGGAUAUUUUUCAAUUUGUUCAAGGGUGUUGUUAUCAUAUGCUAAAAUCCUAAUAAAAAUGAGAAUAUGUAUAAAAUAUAUUACUAAAAUAUUACGAUUUUUUUUCUUGUGCACAACUUUUGUACUAACAAUUUUCCUCCAAUUUUUUAAUGAUAGCAAUUUUUGUUUUUUUUUUUUUUUUGCAAACAAAACAUACUUUAGGCAUUUUACAUUGAUAUUCAAACUUAAAAGAUACAAAUGCAAUAUUUGGUGCACUAAUGAUCCUUAGUGAGUCCUUAAUAGGAAAUAGGGAUGAGGAAAUUAAUGUCUAUGACACUGUCUUAGAGUAAUAAUGUUUAUGAAUAAAUUACUAAUUUAUAUUUCUUGUAAUAGAUUUCAUGAUAUACAAAUUAUUAUACUAAUAGAGCGCAGCACAGCACCCGUUCCGAAUUUUUUCGGUAGUAAAAACGUGUGUACCAUCGAUACUCGCCUUAUCUUAUAUUUUAAGACCGUGAUAAAAAUGAUGAUAAUGGCCUAUUUGGUAACCUUAAAUAAUUAUACUAACCAAUAUGUUCCAACUGAAUGACAAAGUGUUUUUAAACUCUAUCAAUCGGCUGAGCGUCCGCUGGUUUGCCAGAUUUAUUUAGAAACACACAUAUAUGUAUGGUUCAGCUGUACAUGUGUAACAGUUCAUUGUAUGGAAAUAAUCAAUUAUUUUAAAUGCCACACUGACACUGUGCGAAUUGAAGACGCCCAUUUUAAUUUUAUCUGCGUUGGCCAAAAAAAGAACUAAUCUCAUUCAACGGCCGUAAUUGCAUUGUAUAAUAUUGUUCGCAUUUAUUAAUAUUUUAUAAUUGAUAUAAUAUACAUUCUUGCAUUUAACGGUCAUUGUUUUUGAUUCAGUUCCAGUACACCAUGUCAUUUACCGUGAUAGACAUUGAACCGUCAUUAGCUGGUUUAGUAAUCGGGCGCGGUGGAGCAAAGAUCAAAAGUAUUCAAAAGGAAAGCGGCGCAAUCGUCAAGUUAAUCAACAACAAUACCGACAAUACAUGUGUAGUAAAAAUAAUCGGCAGUCAAGAAGCACAAUUUUCAGCUCGCGAUCUUGUCUUGCAUGUUACUGGCGGCAAAGUGUUAAAGGUGCAAACGGUGGACAAUCCAAAUCCGCCUCCUCGGAAAAAGCGUGGGAGCGAUCGACCUUCAUCUCCUCUCGAAACUUUUACUAUCACUGACGAACAAUGGGCAGAGAUCGAAAGAGAAAACGAAGAGGCGAAACUUCAACACAUUGCAUCAUUACCGAAGAUAAUUAAGGAAUUUUAUGUCGAACACAAAGAAGUGACAGCUAUGAGUGACGAAGACGUAAAUGCGUUUAGAUUGGAAAAAAAUAAUAUUAUGGUGAACUAUGUUAACAAUGAGUUAGAAGACGGUGAUAUUAAUCCAGUUGUUCUUCCACCAAUUCUGAAACCGGUGAAAACUUUCCAUCAUGCUUUUCACGCAUAUCCUGAAAUCAUGAAAUUGAUAAGACAACAGAAAUUCAAAGAGCCGUCGCCUAUACAAUGCCAGGCUUGGCCAUAUAUUAUGAGUGGACACGACUUAAUAGCUAUUGCCCAAACAGGUACUGGAAAAACGUUGACUUAUAUACUUCCGGCCUUGAUUAAUUUGAUGCGACAGCCUGUUCCACGCGAACAACGUAUUGGACCGUAUGUGCUUAUAUUGGGCCCAACCAGAGAACUUGUAUUGCAAAUUGAAGAAGAAGUUAAGAAGUAUGUAUUCAAUGGAAUCCGUGUGCAAAGUGUGUAUGGUGGAUCUGAUAAUUCUCAUAUUCAGAUAAGUCGUUUAAUAAAUGACAGACCGGAUAUUGUUGCUGCUACUCCUGGCAGGCUCAAUGAUUUGAUUGGUCAGAAGGCUAUUAACCUUGAACAUGUUGUGUAUUUGGUAUUGGAUGAAGCUGAUCGUAUGCUAGAUAUGGGCUUCAAAAAUCAAAUAGAAUUGUCACUAAGACAAAUACGUUCUGAUAGACAAACCGUUUUGACUAGUGCCACAUGGCCAGACAGUGUUAAAAAGUUGUCCAAACUGUAUACUCGCAAUCCAGUUCAGAUUCAUAUAGGAUCCUUUAAUUUAACUACUGUGGAUACAGUCGAACAGAAAAUUAUUGUGCUUCCUGAACGCCAUAAAAAACACUGGUUGAAUGACUUUAUUCAUAAUAAAAUCCAUAAGGAAGAUAGAGUGAUAAUAUUCAUGAGUAAAAAGGUGACUGUUGAAGAACAAUACAACAAGUUUUGUGACCAAAAUAUUUCAUGCAGGUAUCUUAAGUAUUAUUAUUAUAAUCCGGGAGCUUACUUUAAUAAAUCUAAUAUUGAUAAUUUAUUUUUAGAUGUAUACAUGGAGGAAGAAUGCAAGUGGAAAGAGAGGAAUCAUUGGCUGAUAUGCGCAAUGGAGUUGUGAACAUUCUCAUUGCUACAGAUGUGGCGGCUAGAGGCAUCGAUAUCCCUGACAUCAAUUUGGUGGUAAACUAUGAUUUUCCAUUAAACAUCGAAGAGUAUGUUCACAGAGUGGGUAGAACUGGCAGAGCAGGAAGAAAGGGUUUUGCGAUUACCUUAUUUUCUCAUAAUAAUCGGCAUAAAGCUACUGAACUCGUAGAUGUUUUGGAAAAAUCCAAUCAGCCUGUUCCUGAAGAAUUAUAUGCAAUGGUUUUGAAUAAAAAAAUUGGUGGUGAAUAACUUUAUAUUAUUUGUAUAACUCUGUAGCAUUAACAUACUAUUGUUAGAAAAAUUUGGAUUCUCUAUAUUUACAUAAUUUUAGUUAUUUUACUUUUCUAUAGAAUUAAUUUAAUCAAGUUUUCAAGGUGAGCAUAUAUUAAUUGUUGAUUAGUAUAUAAUGGAUAUUAUUAUUAUAAACAAUAAAGUAACAAAAUAAAAAUAAAAUUAUUAAUGAUUAAUACUUGUAAAUAAACAUAUUAAAGAAAUAUAGAAAUAAAAAAAUUAAUGAAUGCGGUACAUAGAGUAUUAUGAUAAGUAUAUUAUACGGCCAGUUUCAAAUUAAAAAUUUAUCAUUUUUUUGAUGUAUUCCUUCAUUUAUUUUUUUUAUUCAAUCCCAUUUUACAUUUUAACUAUGAUAUACCGGAUGAUGGAUUUUUAAUUUAAAGCCAAUAAAUAUACAUAUUAUGUACAGAACAAUAGUUUCUGCAUAGUAUAAAAUUUAACAUUUAUUUUGAACUUUCUGAUUUUAUCAUCACUAAUCACAAUAUAUUAAUAUUAUCAAUAAAUAUUGAAUAUUAAUAAUAUGGUAUAGUUCACAGUGUAGUCGAUUCUUAUUAACUCACCAUUAAGAGGCAGAGAAAAAUAAUCACGAUGAGUACUAAGUAACUAGUCUACUAGGUACAUUUAAUAAAUAAAAAAAAUUAAUAAGGAAUUUAAAUGAAAGAUACUGUGAUAGUAUUUGACACAGGGCCUUGUAAUGUUAUUGCAUUUUUUCAU